AUGUCGGAUCCCCGAAAGUACACGGUCGGCUGGAUCUGUGCCAUCGCAACCGAAUACCUUGCAGCGCAACUCUUGGAUGAAGAGCACGGCCCACCCGAAUCUGUUUCUGUCAAUGACAGUAAUGACUACACAUUAGGCAAGAUUGGAAAACACAACGUCGUUAUGGCAGUUCUUCCAUUCGGCGAGUAUGGAAUAUCCUCUGCCACUGGUGUUGCCAAAGACAUGCUUCGUAGUUUCCCCAACGUCAGAAUUGGCCUGAUGGUCGGAAUUGGCGGAGGUGCACCGACAAAAAAGCAUGAUAUUCGCCUUGGAGACGUCAUUGUCGGUGUAUCUAACAACGGAGAUGGUGCUGUUUAUCAGUAUGACUUUGGGAAGACUGUGCAAGGUCAGGAAUUCCAGACAACAGGGUUUUUAAACCAGCCACCGACCUUUUUACGAACAGCUGUGCAGGGACUAUUGACGCAAUACAAGCGCAAGGGACACCAGCUUGACAAGCAUGUCAACAAGAUAUUGGCGGAGAACCCCAGACUUCAAAAAGACUUUCAGCGGCCCGAUCUAAGCAGCGAUCGACUCUAUGUCUCUUCCAAGGUGCACCCAAAGGAUGAUAAGUCCAGCUGUGCAGAAGUUUGUGGCGAUGAGAACUUAGUACGACGACCCGACCGUGGCGAAUAUGAAGACAAUCCCGCUGUCCACUAUGGCCUGAUUGCUUCGUCUAAUCGGUUGAUGAAGGACGCUUUAGCACGAGAUGCCCUUGCAGCGAAAAAAGGUGUUCUCUGUUUUGAAAUGGAAGCAGCCGGACUUAUGAACCAUUUCCCGUUCUUGGUCGUACGCGGAAUAUGCGACUACUCUGACUCGCACAAGAAUCAACAGUGGCAAGGCUUCGCAGCAAUGAUGGCGGCCGCUUACGCAAAGGAUCUCCUUCACCAGAUUCCUCCAAACAAAGUCGAGGCUGAGAAACCCAUCAGCGAAGUUCUAAGUUCCAUUGAGUCUUUAGGGAAAGAGACAAAACAUGCUGUAAUGAGUAUGGCAUCUGACAGCCAUUGGUACAAAAUUGAAAGGUGGUUGUCCCCGUCAGACUUUACCACUAAUGCCAACUUAGCAAGGCAACGCCGUCAUCCGGGCACCGGGACGUGGUUACUGGAAAGUACUGCCUUUCAAGAAUGGAAACUCGGAUCGCGUCAACACCUGUGGCUCUAUGGUCUAGCAGGAUGUGGAAAGACCGUUUUGAGUGGCACAAUUCUUGACCAUCUUGGGGAAUCAGCUACCAAUCACACGGUACUCGCCUUCUUCUUCGACUUUAACGACAUCAAAAAACAAAGGCUGGAAGACUUACUACGUUCACUGGCAAUCCAGCUCUACCACAGGGGCAAUGAGACGGCGAGGACACUGGACCGUCUUUUUGCUUUACAAGAUAACGGACGCAAACAACCAGACUCAAGAGCCUUAUCGGACUGUAUCGAUGCAAUGAUGAAAGAUGCCGGAAGGGUAUUCAUUGUCAUAGAUGCUUUGGAUGAGUGUAAAACGACAGAUGAGGUUUUGCGUUGGAUUGGAGGCUUGGCCUCCGGCAACGUUCAAGCUCUCAUAACUGGCCGGCCAGACACAAAGUUUCAAAGCGAGAUCUCUCAAGUGAUACAAGAGCGUAAUUGUAUCUUACUUGAUAAGCAAAGUAUCAACACUGAUAUCCGAAUCUACGUUAAGGCAACGCUCGAAACGAAGGCAGAUUUUAUUCGUAAACGUCUAUCUGGAGAUAUUAUAGACGAGAUAAGUGAGCGAAUAGGAGAUGGAUCUGACGGAAUGUUCAGAUGGGCGGCAUGUCAACUGGAGAGUCUUUCACGAUGUCUUAGUCCAAAACACAUCAAGCUAGCGCUAGCAACUUUGCCCCAGGAUCUGGACGAGACAUAUCAUCGUAUACUCUCGAAUAUACCAGCAGAAUACAAGAGUGGUACGAUGCGUCUCUUGCAAUUUCUCGUCCACACUAAGAGACCUCUGAAACUAGCAGAGGCUAUCGAAGUGGUAGCCACUGAGAUAGAUGAAGAGCCUAGGGGCUUCGAUCCUAAUGGCAGACUAUCUCUAGAUGACGACAUUUUACAAUACUGCCCCGGCCUUUUGACGGUCAUUCAAGUUACGGAAUACCAUGGUGUUGUAUGUGAUCAGCUUCACUUAGCCCACUUUUCUGUCAAGGAGUAUCUACUGAAACAACCCAAAUUCAACCUCCACAAUGCCAGCGCUGCCAUCUCCAGAACUUGCUUGGCUUAUCUUACCGACAUCGACGAGAAUGUCACUCAUAUCUACCACGAGUUUCCUAUGGCAUCUUAUGCGUCAAUGUACUGGACAACAUUUGCCGUUUUGGCUAGAGACUCCAAACAAUGCGUACAGGACACGGUCAUAUUUCUACGGGACCAGAUGGCAGUUCUGCGAUGGCGUCGGUUGGAGACCAAGAUGAGGUCACCAGUACCUUCCAACGGCGAUGCGCUAUUUUAUGCCUGUCAAUUUGGGCUCUUGAGGGCGGCGAAGACAUUGAUAGUAGAGGGAGCAGACGUGAACGCGCAAUAUGACCGGUUCGGCACAGUUUUACAGAUUGCCGCCCUUAUGGGCCACCUCGAGAUUGUGCAACUGCUACUAGACAAUGGAGCAGAUGUCAACGCAAAGAGUGUUAUAUGCGGCAAUGCACUAUACGCUGCUACACUCAAAGGCCAUUCAGAAGUUGUGCGGCUUUUGUUAAAAAGAGGCGCAGAUGUCAACGCAAGUGCCGAUGCACAACGUGGAAAUGCUCUGACUGCUGCAUCCUACAGAGGUAACCUGGAGAUAAUGCAGCUGCUACUGGAUGCGGGGGCAGACAUCAAUGCGAGCGGCGGUGUUUCUCGUAGUCCUCUACAGGCUGCUCUAUGGAUGGGCCGUGCAAAGUGUGUGAGAUUACUAUUGGAUAAUGGAGCGGAGGUUAAUCUGAAGGGUGAAGUGUACAGUGACGUUCUGCAUACGGCGUUAUCUCCGGAUGUUAAACUGUAA